CAGAUUUCAAAGAUCUUAUUUUUAAAUUUUUCUUUCCAUGAUUAUAAUUUCAGGAGGGAGAUAGAAUCCCAACAGUCACAUUCAAAACCUAAAUAUUUGAAAGUUCUUAUCUCUUCCAAUUUAAACUGCAGGAAAAGCAUUACUUUAAAACCAGGCUGUCAAUGACUGCUCACCCUGCCUAAAGACUCAUCACUUUUCAGGCAAAGUUCUGUGUCUUUAAAAGUCAAGUUUUCGGUUUAAUAUUAACUCAUACCUUUAAAAGGAUAUAUUUGCUCUUAGAAAAUUUAUUUAACAGUUGCUUAGAGCUACAAAAAUAAAACCAAAUUGUGUAACUUUAAAACUGCCAAGUUAAAGAUCUAAAUAAAAGCUACGAAAAUCAGACUUUACAACAAAGAAUCCACCUUCAGUUACCAUUAUGAGCAUCUAUAAACUGUCUACAGCUAUUUGGGUUUUUAUAUCCUGGACAUAGUACCAAAGUAGUUUAUUAGUAAGUGCAAAUUGUCAUUACCAAAUGAAACCCAAAUUCUUUUCAGCACCUUGUGUAACUGCCAUAUGAAGGGAAAAGCCACAACUCCAAAGGUCUAUCUAGUUAAGCUUGCAACAGAGUUCUGACCAUUAGGAGUAGGACCUGGUCCAACUGGAAAGAGUGCCUAAGACCUCUGCCUAGAGAUGGGGGAUUGGGCCAGUAAGGGCGGAGUGUCUGUGCUCUCUGGAUCUUAGGGCCUCCAAGAGAUAUGGAGGGGUGUGAUCAGAAGUGGACUGAGUAGAUUAUUUGAGAGCACUAUAACAUUAGGAGCCCUGAGCCUCAGCUCAGACCCUCAUUUCUCUGAAGAGUCCACUUGGGUACCAACCAUGCUCGCUACUGUGGGCUCCCUGGUGACCUCCAUCUGGGCAGUGCUCCAUAUCCGGACUCUACUGUUGGCUGUGGUCACCUCCUUGUUCCUGGCUGACUACCUCAAAAGACGGCACCCCAAGAAAUUUCCACCGGGGCCACGACGCCUGCCCUUCGUGGGCAAUUUACUUCAGAAGGACAUGGAGAAGCCACACGUAGCAGUCCAGCAGGAUUGGUCUUCUCCAGUGGCCAGACAUGGAAGGAGCAAAGAAGGUUUGCUCUGAUGACUCUGAGGAACUUUGGAUUGGGAAAGAAGAGCUUAGAGCAGCGCAUACAGGAGGAGGCCCGGCACC